UAACGUUAAUCCGAACCUGUUUUUUACUCAGUCAAUAGCUAGCGAUGGAGUGUGGUUGUGUGGCGCCCUACAUCGGUCCGUCUCUGGCGAACACCUGCGGGGGUGGCGCUUUUUUCCUCUUCAUGAGUCUUUUAGACACUUUUAUACGGAAUAAAUGCGACUUGUCCGAAAUCUGCCAAAGGGUCAUUCCGAAAACUCAGCCUGACAUAGAGUACGACUUUGUGGUGAUAGGGGGUGGCAGCGGUGGCGCAACGGCGGCAGGAAGACUGUCAGAAGUACCAGAAUGGAAAGUUUUGCUAAUCGAAGCUGGCGGUGAUGAACCACCAGGCUCCCAAGUACCAUCGAUGGUUAUAAGCUACCAUGGAGACCCACACAUGGACUGGAAUUACAAAACGGAACCGGAAAAACAAGCAUGUCUUGGAUUUCCAGAAAAGAGGUGUUCCUGGCCUAGAGGUAAAGUCUUAGGUGGCUGCAGUGUCAUCAAUGGGAUGAUGUACAUGCGAGGACAUCCCAAAGAUUAUGAUAAUUGGGCUACAAUGGGCAAUACGGGUUGGGGAUACCAAGAUGUGCUCCCAAUUUUCAAAAAAUCUGAGAAUAAUCUGCAGAUUGGGACUCUCGUUGAUGCUGCUUAUCAUGGUACUGGUGGGCCAAUGACCACUUCAAGAUUUCCGCAUCAUCCUGAAUUGGCAGAAGAUGUUAUGAAGGCGGCAAGGGAAUUGGGCUACCCUGUCAGUGACGAUUUGAAUGGGCGGCAAUAUCAUGGGUUUACUAUAGCUCAGUCGAGUGUGAGAAAUGGAUCUCGUUUAAGCAGCGCCCGAGCAUUCCUCCGUCCAGGCCGCGACCGCCCCAACCUCCACGUCAUGCUGAACUCCACCGCGACGAAAAUUCUAAUAAACACCAGCAACAACCAGAAGACAGUUUCAGGCGUCCAAUUCCUCUACAACAAUAAAUUACACACAGUCAGGGUAAAGCGGGAAGUCGUCGUUUCCGCAGGAGCCAUCAACUCGCCGCAAAUUCUCUUGUUAUCCGGCAUCGGCCCCAAAGAAGAAUUAGACAGAGUUAACAUUCAACAAGUUCAUCAACUUCCGGGCGUCGGCAGAAACCUCCACAAUCACGUCACGUUCUACAUGACGUAUGAAAUGAAAAAGCAGAAGGCUAUCCAUGACCUGGAUUGGGCGAACGCUCUGGAUUACAUUCUCAAUCGACGAGGCCCGAUGUCUUCUACGGGCAUGUCACAAGUCACGGCGAGGAUCAACUCAAAGUUCGCUGAUCCUUCUGGAACUCAUCCCGAUUUGCAGAUUUUCUUUGGCGGAUAUUUGGCGAACUGCGCCGCUUCCGGGGAAGUGCGGGCGGUUAAGGAUCCAAAAAAUCCAGACGCUCCGAAACACCUGACGAUUUCGCCCGUGGUGCUGCAUCCAAAGAGUAGAGGAUAUAUAGGAUUGAAGACAAACAAUCCAUUAGAUGCUCCGCUCAUGUAUGCCAACUAUUUGAGUGAACCGGAAGACGUCGCGACACUAGUCGAGGGAGUAAAAGUGACACAAAGAUUGGCCAAUACGAGCGUUCUUCAGAACAAGUAUGGCCUGACUUUGAUGCGCGAGGAAUACGGGGACUGCGAGAAAAAAUUCACAUAUGACUCAGAUGAUUUUUGGCAAUGCGCAGCUCGCUACUACACCGGGCCAGAAAACCACCAAGCUGGCUCAUGUAAGAUGGGUCCAGCCUCCGACCCUAUGGCUGUGGUCGACCCCAAACUCCAAGUAUACGGUAUUGAAGGUCUCCGGGUCAUGGAUGCUUCAAUAAUGCCCACACUAGUCUCUGGAAACACACACGCCACUAUUGUUAUGAUAGCCGAUAAAGGCGUCGAGUAUAUAAAACAAAAAUGGUUGCGUAGUGGGACUAUUGCUAACAGAUUUGGAGGAACGAAUCAAAAUAGUCAAAAUGCACCUCAGUUUUACCCAUCUGCUAGCUCAAACUAUCCCAAUUAUCCCAAACAGUACUAUCCGCACCAGUACCAACAGGGAGUUAAAAAUACGGGAAUUAGACAUAAUGAACAAUUCCAUAGAACUCAUCCUCAGAUGCCCAAUCCUUUCAUGUCGACACCUAGGCCACAAAGGCCGUUUAACCAGCAAGGGUAUCAAGGAUACCUACAUAAUUAUCCUGACUACCAACAUGACCAAGAAGUUAACAAUUACAAUUCAUAUUAAAAGUUUUAGUUAGGAAACACCUAUUUUUGGUGUUCAAAAGUUUUAGGUUCUUAAUAUAUUUUUUAUUUAUUUGUGCAAGCCACAAAACUAUGCGAAAGAACGGGGAAGUGGAUAAAGCAUUUUUUUAUUUUUAUUUUGUCAAUUCAGAAAUAAAUAUCUUACCAACAAUAAAA